UCUUCAUUCACUUGGGCCUUUACUCUAAUACAAGGAUGAAGCUAAAAGGGCAAUGGACAUUGCUGAGAAGAAACUUUCGGAGAAUGAUUACGUUGGAGCCAAGAAAUUUCUCACCAAGGCUCAAAACCUAUGCCCUCACAUUGAUGGCUUGAGUCAAGUGUCGAUGAUGAUCCAUGUUUACAUCACAGCAGCCAACAAGAUCAUCAACGGAGGAAAAGAAUCUGACUUGUAUGGAGUUAUUGGUGUGGAUCCAUUGGCUGAUGAUGAACCUCUGAAGAAACAGUACAAGAAGUUGGCUCUUUUGCUUCAUCCUGAUAAGAACAAGUUUAGAGGUGCAGAAGAUGAGGAAGUUGAGUACCGGGAUGCAGAAGCCACCUGCACCAAGCCAACCCAACAAGCCUCCAGGUUCUUCCAAAUGGUAAAGCUAGAAGUGAGCCGCAGAGACCAACGCAUGCACCCAAGCCAGCUUCUUCUAGUUCCAAUAGACAUCGUGUGGAUCCAAAUUUUUAAGCUAGAAGUAAACAGCCUGCAAGUGGGCCACAGAAGCCACCUAAUCCACACAAGCCAGCUUCUUCUAGUGCCAAUCAAAGUGCUAGAGACGGUGUGCAUCCAAGUGCUAACACUAGAAGUAAUAAGCCUGCUCUUGGUCCUGUGCGCGCCUGUGAAUUCAUCAAAUUUGAAGAAACACAGCAUGUUUUGGACAAUGUGCAAUGGGUGCGACACAGGAAGCGAGUGUUGGAGGGAUCUUUAUCUUAACAAGACCAUCUAUUGUCAAAGCUGUGGACAUGCUUACAUUGCAACCGAGCAAAAUCCAUGGGACCGUUAUGUGACGUACUUACACGUAGCAUUAUCUCUUCUUCAACAACAAUGGAUUAGUGCUCAUCAAAAUCAAGCAACGAAGAAAAACACAAACGGAGCUGCUUCUUCUUCUUCUUCUUCCUCAUUUGAUCUUUAUAUGAAUCAACUCAACUACACAGUCUCUCUACUUAAACAGCAACAAGCACGGUGGAGUGCUAAAAAUCAAGCAGCAAACAACAACAACAACACCAGCAGAGCUUCUCCACCUGGGACAAGUUCCUCCUCCCCGUACAUUGGUGCAACUCCACAAGAGAAGUUUGCUUUGCAGCAACUAUACUUGUCAUUUUCUCAUCUUCUAAAGCUACAACAACAAUGGAGUCCGCAAACAACAAGUAGUGGUGGUACUUACUAUCCUUCAUCUUAUUCUGGCGGAAAUACCGCAAAUCAAGCACAAGAAAGAUGUAAAAGAGGACGUGAGGAGGAGGAUUCACAAGAAACGAUUGCUGCUAUUGAGAUGGCUUUCAAGAAGCUGAGGAAAGAUCAUGUCAAGAGCUCAUUAUCUAUGAAUCUUUUUUCGUCUUUUUUAUGA